AUGGACACCGAGUGCAGUGAGUCAUGUAACAUUUCAGAAAGUAUGGUGGUGCAGGAGGACAUCCCGCCUGACCCUUCUCUGGCCACCGACUUAAUAGUAAGAUCUGUAGUUCUAGGCACACAAUUCCACAAGGAAUUGUCACAGAAUGAGGUGGACGCAGAGACUCAAAUUGACUCUGAGACAGUGUCACAUGGAAUGAACCAUGCAGAGGGGGGGUGGCCGAAAACGAUGGAUGCAGGCGACAUUGAGGCAACUGGCCGCUACAGGAAGAAAGUGCAGAAGGAUGUGUGUUAUCAGAACACGGUUAUGGAAAUUGCUACUGUCACGGAACACUGUGUCAAGCAGAGCAAAGCUGACAUCUACUCAGAUUUUUAUCAAGCUAAGAGGGUGGUGAAGAAAAAGAAGCCGAGCCAUCAGCAAGAGCCAUCAGCGAGAACAAUCAAUGUGUUCAGAGACCCAAAUAAAAAAAAGCGUGCUGCCACCAGUUUGUCCUGGCAUCCACUCGAUAAUCAUAAACUAGCUGUUGCCUACUCUUGCCUGGAAUUUCAGAGAGCACCUAAAGAUAUGAGCUUUGACUCAUAUAUAUGGAACACUGAAAAAAGCAAUAAACCGGAGAUGACUCUGAAACCUGUAUCUCCACUUGUUUGUCUGGAGUACAACCCCAAAGAUAUUCACAUCCUUGUUGGGGGAGGCUACAAUGGACAAAUCGGCUAUUGGGACACACGGAGCGGCAGCCGGCCAGUACAGAUGUCCGCCAUUGAGCAUAGCCAUAGAGAUCCUGUCUACAAGGUCAUCUGGCUGCAGUCAAAGAUAUGCACUGAAACUUUCUCAGCUUCUACAGAUGGUCAGGUACUGUUCUGGGACAUUCGAAAGAUGAGUGAGCCCAGCAAGCGGCUCGUGCUUGACCCCAGUAAGACGGGAAACUGUGACAAUGCUUUUGGUGCCGUCUCAAUGGAGUUUGAGAACACUAUGGCCAAGUUUAUGGUAGGCACAGAGCAGGGGGUUGUGGUCUCAUGUAAUCGCAAGUUAGAAACCCCAAACGAGUCGAUUGUUGGCACAUACCACGGACACCAUGGCCCCAUUUACGCCUUGCAGAGGAACCCUUUCUUUCCGAAGUACUUCUUGACCGUGGGUGAUUGCACUGCCCGCAUCUGGUCAGAGGACAUCAAUGAGACCUCCAUCAUGUCCACCAAAAAUCACAUGACUUAUCUGUUAGAUGGCUGUUGGAGUCCAGUCAGACCCUCUGUCUUCUUUACGGUGAAGAUGGAUGGGACUUUGGAUGUAUGGGACAUACUAUUUAAACAGAAGGAUCCUACUCUCAGUCUCAAAGUUUGUGACGAAGCUUUGUACAGCAUCCGUGUACAAAAUAAAGACAGUUUGGUGUGCUGUGGAUCUCAGCUGGGAACCGUCAAACUGCUGAGGAUGUCACCAAGCCUGUUCAGACUGAAGAAGAAUGAGAAGGCCUUGGUCUCAGAGAUGUUUGAACGUGAGACCCGGAGAGGGAAGGUUCUGGAAUCUCAGUACAAAGAUAGGAAUCAAAUAAAACAAAGCUGCUCCAAAGAGGAUGAGGGGGGGGAAGGAGACAUUGAGGAACUGCUGGGCUGUAUAGAGAUGGAGUUUUUUGAGAACGAGGAUUUUGAGAUGAAAAUAGAGGAUGAGGAGAAAGAGAGAAGGAAAAUAAUGUGUGAGGAGACAUCUAAGUAG